AUGGCACCCAUCCGCACUCAAUCAGGGCGCGGGAAGCAUGCUGAUUCUCUGCCACCUUCGCCCAGCAAACUCCUGGCUGCAAAACUGCUUGUCGCCAAGGCCAAGAAGGCUGCUCGGAGGCCCAAAGUCAACCUUGACUUGGGUGAUGCAGUGUCCGUCAAGAAAGCUGCUGCCAGUUCCAACCAAAGAGUUGUCAACUGGUCCGACCCAAACAUGUCCACUCUGAUGGACAAGCUGCUUACAGUUAUAUCCAAGCAUGUGACUUACAAAGUUGCCUUUGGGUUUGAUAAAGGUGAUGCAAGAUCUGUGAAUUCCAGUGGUAAGAAGGUGAAGGAGCACACUGAACGUAUUGCAGAGAAAGUACUCUUGCUUGAUACUCUCAGUAAUGAAGAUCCGACAAGCAGAUGGAAGGAUAUCAAGAUCUCGAAACUCAGUAAAUCCAUAUAUCACCUCAAGGAAUCCUACUCAAAACACUACCAGGAACUUGGUCAAACUGGCCAGGGUCUGCUCACGACAGACCAUCAGCACAAGAUCACUCCUGGUACUCCACUAGCUAACAUGCGAGACAAGAUCCUCCAAGAAUUUCCAUGGUAUUUGCAGAUGCAAGAGCUGAUGACGAAGAGUCCCAUCAUCGACAAAUCUGCUCUCCUCAAUAGUUCUACUUUGUUAGAUCUUGGACCUCUUCAUCGAGCUCCACUGGAUGAACUGGACUCUGAGUCUCCUUCACAUGCUUUGCAUAUGCCAAAUAUUAAGACACCUGCCAAGACAUCUUCCUUUACCUCAUCAUCUUCAGCUCGCCCAAUGAGUGCUAGUCACAGGAACCCUGCUACUGCCUUUCAGGAGAUGGCACUAAUUGCACAGGUCACCCAGUUGAAAGUCAUGACUGUCAGUGCGAAGGAGAAGACUUGCCAUGAGAAUGCCAAGGCUAAGGCAAUGAUUAAGCUCGAGUGUCUCCACUUACAGCAUCAACGAGAUGAAGCAGAACAUCAGCGUGUGCAUGAGCGUGAAAUGCUCCAGGCCCGCAUCAAGCUUGCCUGUAUGGAGGAUGAUGCAAGCAGUGACCCAGAGGCAAGCAUACUGAAGAUCUUGAGGCUUGUCAAUGCGUAA